AUGCUUCGAGGAGGAUACGCGACGAGAGCAUCUGAAGAUAGAGUCAAACUUGCGAUGGAAGCUAUUUCAAAUGGAAUGUCUUUGAGGAAAGCACAAGAACGUCGCAAGUACAACCCUUCGAAUUGGACCAUACCAACAUUGCCAAGUUUAUCCAGGGAAAUACAACAGAGAAGACUUCGUUCGACAAAUUUUGACUUGGUGGCGAAUCCUUCCUUCAAGCAUUUUAUGAAACCGGGUGUAAAAAAAUAUCCUUGUUACGAUUGUGGUAAUUCCUUUGGCCUAAGGGCUACCCUUAUGCGGCACAAAAAUUUCGAAUGUGACAAAGUUCUUAUUAAAGGGAUGAACAAGGCGCCUGAUGAUAAACCUUCAAUAAAGAAGAGAUACAACGCAUUUACAGCUCAUCGAACUGGACAGUCCCAACCUUACCCUCAACGUCAAGAGAUUUACAUCUGCGGCGAUUACGUUCAAUGUAAUCAUCCUUGGACUAAGCUGCCAACGAUCGUUUAUCGAACAAGAAAGAGCGACCAGCGGAGAUUGAUUCAAUACGAAGAUGGAUCGCGUUCAGAAAAUAUUAAAAAUUCUGGAUAUAAGGAGGAUUUCUGUUGUCCUGAUUGUGGGAAACAAUAUGCAUGUCGAGAUACUCUGCGAAGGCAUAAUCGAUAUGAAUGUGCAGGGGAGAGACAUUUUUCUUGUCACAUAUUUUCAGACAUCAGCUGCGAAAAUUCGAAUGAAGGAUUCGAUGACGAGGGAAGUCCAAUCGAUCUUGAACGGAUUGAAGACAUUUGUCAACAACGACAAUCUUCUAGCUCGUGGUUCCCUGAGCCAGAUAAGCCUUAUAUUUGCGCAAGUUAUACUCUCGUGUGGAACAUGCAGCAUUUAGCCAACAGCCAACAACUGGCAAAAUACAAUCAAUUGGCGCUUGGUAGUACCAAUGCUGCUAACUAUAAAUUUGAUAAAGUUGGAAUGAUGCCAGCUCAGUGGAUGUCUUCUCAUAUUAUGCAAAAGCGACACAUUUGCAUGUUUUGCAGAAAAGCCUAUCCGUUGAAGUCUCUGCUGAGUCGACACAUACAAUAUGGUUGCAAAAUGAAUCCAAAAUGCUCUCAUUUUACUUGUAGCUACUGCCCAUACAAAAGUUUGUACAAGGCAAAUAUGGAACGUCAUAUAAAAAAUGUACACGAUGCUGGUGGAUUGAAGUUCAAGUGUGAUUUGUGCAACUUCCGGAGUAGUUACGCAUUUUGUGUUCGGAGACAUAUGAAAACCUUCCAUCGCGUGAUUAUGGCUGAUAUUCCAGAUCAGUAA